GUCAGCAACGCGCAUGCUCCCUGCAUCCCCCUCCAUCCGCACGUCGAGGGACCGAGGAGCUCGGAUAACUAUGCUCGGCGUCUCAGGCUCAGCCGGCUGAAAACUCGGCUUCAGAAGGCAUUAGACUUGCGUAAGACGUGUACAUUUAGGGUCAGGCAGUUCUCUGGGCGAACAUGGAAAUGAAGAAGUCUUUUUCGGCCACAGAGCGGGCACUCAGGAGCUACGGCGCGGUGUCGCAAACGGCGUGGACGACGGACAAAGGUCACUGUGACGUUUCCAUGGCUGAGAGCACCAUGUGUCCGGAAGAGAUUGAGGUGGAGAUGGCUCGGAUCCAGCGCCUCAGGGAGGUCCUGGUGCGUCGGGAGUCCGAGCUACGCUUCAUGAUGGACGACAUCCAGCUGUGCAAAGACAUCAUGAGUUUAAAGCAGGAAUUGAGACAGAUUGUUGCGGUACCAGAGAAAGACAAAAGUAAGAAAGACAAACAACAGGAAGAGGAACUGAUCCUAAAGAUCCAUAAACUGGUGCAGAAGAGGGAUUUCUUGGUGGAUGAUGCCGAGGUGGAGAGAUUAAGGGAGCAGGAGGAGGACAAGGAGAUGGCAGACUUCCUCAGGCUGAAAUUGAUGCCACUGGAAAACAAACUCAAAGUCAAAGAAAUACACCAAGAUCCUCCAAAGCCCAAAAGACAAGUUCCAGAGCCACCAUCCAACAAACCCUUCGUCACGAAAUCAGGUGUGGCCAUCAUUAAGGACUGCUGUGGCGCCACCCAGUGUUCCAUCAUGUAAUUACCGGAGACCUUCAAUACCCCCCACCUCGCCCACCAACAAAUUCAGCAAACAUCACUUCCUGUGAAUAAGAGAACCUGCCCAGCUUUAUGGUCCACUCGAAGGUGUCUAUAAGUCGAGUCGUGUUUGCAAUGCAAGUACACAAUGUCAGGGAGGCCAGUGUUGAUGCUUCCGUAGUUCAUCGGGUACAGGAUACCAUCCAGUAAUCUCCUGCAUAUUCGCAGUUCAAUAUUCACAAAACCACCACUUGAUCCCCCCCCCCCCCAAUGCGGAAUCAAUCCGUAGCCAUUUGUUUAAAAACAAACACAGAUUUGUGGCAAGUCUACAAUACCUCAAGACAAAUUCCCAUCCAAAUAAGAAAAGCUGGGAAGUUUUAGGUGGAAGCAUGUUGAAGAAAUCCAUCGACAUAGAGACCAGCUUUGUAUGUCAGGGCGGAGCCAAGUUUAGCUUGGGUUGUAAGUGGAGAGUAGAAUCUUCACCAAUAUCAAAUCAUUUGUAAUUCAUUUAUUGAUGAGGGUAGUGUUAGUUAAUGACUUUGAAAAUAGAACAUCUUUUUGGAUCAUAGUUUGUACUUUCAUUUUAAUGGUUAAAGUGGGACAUUCUAAACAGUCUGCGGAAAGGCAAAAUUUUUUAUCCUUUUCCAAAAGUGGCGGAUUACUGUAGUAGGCUUACAAUUGUAAAGUCAAACAUGAAAAAAGGUCAUCUCCAUUGUUCAUUUUGCUGUACAGUGGCAAUAAAAUCUAGAAUCAAAAGACGGGACUACAAGCACAAUGGCCAUGUAGGGAAUUUUAUUAAAUACUGUACGGGGCUUUCUAGCCGAGUAUGUGGUGAAAAGAACAAACAAACAAAAAAAGUCAGCUGCACAUCGAUACAAAUGAUGCCAUGUGG